AUGGUGGAAGGCAUUCUGUCAAGGGUGGCAGAGAAACUCUCUGUUGUGCUCAUUCAACAACCUGGCCUUCUGAAUGAAAUUGAAGAAGAGGCGAAUUGGAUUUACUUGAGAAUGAGUGACUGGGUUAGCGAUCAUUUAGCAUUCAAGGUCUCUAUGGAGCCCUUAAGGGACAUUGCCUAUGAUGUAGAGGAUGUUGUUGAUGAUUUUAUGCUAAAGACGGCAGCAAAGAGAAGGAAAAGAGGAGGAAUUCUCAAGAAGCUGAAGCAGAUCAGGGUCAACAUCUAUGAUAACACAGGUUUGAUCCCUCAGAGCUUCAUACAUACUGAACCAGUAGAGGAUCAGAACAUAGCCAACACAGUUGUUUCCCCAGUUAUUGAAAAGGUGACAGCCCUUUUAGGUAAGGGAUUGCUUCGUCCCCAGGUGAAAAAGAAGGCCAGAAGGAUACUUGAUGAAUUUAAGUUCAUGAAUGGCUUUCUUGAAGAUGUAGAAUCAGUAGAGCUAGAUGAAAAUGGAAUGGCAUGGAUGGAGGACCUCUGCAAUGUUUCUUGUUAUGCAGUGGAUGUAAUAGACUCCUUCAUCAGUGGGAGAGAGCAGUUCAGGAUGAGGGGAGCUUUUAGGAGAGUAGUCACAGGCUUCAACAAAUUGAGGUCCCAACUUCGUCUAGGUGCGGAGAUGGAUAAAAUCAAUGCUAGGAUCCUGGUUCUUUCCAAGGGGAAGCCAAAAGAGGUCAUCAGACAUGACCAAAGUAGAGAACAGGGGAGUGAGAGAAGGUUCCUACAAAGACAGGUUCCACCUUCUUAUGUUGUUGACAAACCUGAUAUGGUCAGCUUUGAGGAUGAUGUACAUGAGAUUGUGGCCAGAUUGCUUACAGAUGACAAAUGUUUCUUUAUUAUUUCAAUUGUGGGCGUGGAAGGAAUUGGCAAGACAACCUUAACAAAGUUGGUCCAUGAGAAUGAUAUGGUUGUGGAUCAUUUCCCUUAUCGUGCUCGGCUGUCUGUAGAUUCAUGGCAUUCGGGAUUUCUCAAGGACAUACUUGAACAAAUGGGCUGCAAUAAAAGCAUUCCAACCUUGUGGAAAGAUAUCAAGAAUUGCAGAAGCAAGGCAGAGAUGCGGUCUUUGCUGAGAGAACAAAAGUCUUUGCUGAGAGAACAAGAGUCUGAGUUGCUGUCUUGCUUUAAUGCUUUCCUGCAGGAUAAGAAGUAUCUCAUAAUUCUGGAUGGCAUACAUUACUUGGGGGACCUGCUUAAAAGACUUCCAGACACAUCAAAUGGGAGUAGAAUGAUUUUAACCAGUCGGUCUACAAGUCUACAUUCAGACCUUCCAAACAAGAGCCUUCAUCUAACACUGCAAUUACGUGAUGAUAAUGAAAGUUGGGCACUGUUUAGGCAUACUUUGAAGGUAAGCAUGCCCCCAGAACUGCUAGAUUUUCAAAGAGAAAUUGUGAGAAUAUGUGGGGGGCUGCCACUGGCCAUAAAAAGCGUAGCAGAUGUUUUGUCAAAGAAAGACACAACCAUUGAGGCGUGGUCUAGUGUUCUUCAGCAGCUCAACAGAGACCAAGAAUUUUGGCCGAAAACCUUGACUGCGAUCAAUAACAGGUUGCCCUUGCACAUGAAGCGAUGCCUCUUUUACUUUGGACUAUUUCCUCAAAACUUUGAGAUCCCAGCAAGAAGAUUGAUUGUAUUGUGGGUUGCAGAGGGUUUGGUGCAUCCAAUGGAAGAGAAAGAAGCUCCUGAAGCUGUUGCAGAGAGGUACUUGACAAAGUUGAUAGCCCAGUGCAUGGUUCAAGUGACUAAGAAGAAGCUUGAUGGGAGAGUUCAAGCAUGUCGCCUACCUGAUCCCAUACGACGUCACUGGUUGUUGAAAGCUAAGGAAGCUACAUUUCUUCAAGGUAAAAAAAAACCAAGGUCAUCUGAGAUAUAUUUGGGCACUGGUAUGGUCCAUCGUCUUGCUGAUCAUCUUGACAAAGGAGAUGACAGUUUCAAUCAAAUUCAUGGUUACCACAAUACUUCUUCUAUUUCUCUCCAAUCUCAGUAUCAAGAUACCACAUCCUUCCUAUCAUUUGAUACUCGAGAAGGAAGCAGACCAGGAGAAGACAUAGGAAACUUUCUUGACCGAUGCAUUUCUAACAGGUGCCUUCUGUUACUGCGAGUGCUUGAUCUUGAACUGGUGUACAAACCUAAGUUGCCAGAGGCGUUGGAGUUACUAAGACACUUGAGGUACCUUGGCUUGAGACGGACAAAGCUGGAUAUGCUUCCUUCAUCAGUGGGUAAGUUUUUAAACCUCCAAACACUGGAUGUGAAACAUACUGACAUCAGAACUCUUCCUAAUUCUAUCUGGGCUAUGCAACAACUGCGUAACUUGUACUUGAGUGAGAGUUACUGCAGCAUGCCCCAACCGAGCUCCAACUCUCUGACAACCCUCCAAACACUAUGGGGCCUGUUGGUAAAGGAGGAGACUCCAGUGAAGGAUGGCUUAGACAGGUUGGUCGAUCUUAGAAAACUGGGAUUGGCAUUUUGUUUACUGGGUUCUCAACAGGAGGCAAUGUUAUCGCAAGUGGAUGCAGUGGCUGAUUGGGUUUUGAAACUGAACCAUCUUCAAUCCUUAAGGCUGAAAUCAUAUGAUGAAAAGAACCAACCAUGGGAUUUGCACUUGAAGCCUUUGUCCAGCCAUGCGAAUCUCUCUAAUGUUUACUUACUGGGGCAGUUAAAGAAUCCAUCCAUUGUGUCUGAAUUCCCACAUAGCCUCACUGACCUUACCCUGUCAUGGUCAGGAUUAGCAGAAGACCCAAUGCAAACAUUGGAUAAGCUUCCCAAGCUAAGAGUUCUUAGGUUAUUGCGCAGAGCAUAUGUGGGAAAGAACAUGCUUUGCUCUUCAGGAGGCUUUCCAGAGCUUCGGGUUCUUAAACUGUGGAUGCUGGAGCAGCUGGAGGAAUGGAAUGUAGAGAAAGGAGCACUGCAAGGUCUCAGAGAUUUAGAGGUUAGGUCAUGUAUAAAGUUGGGUGUGCUUCCUGAAGAGUUGCAGCACAGGAGUUUCUUGAAACUAGAGUUCAUAUGA